GACCAGCGAUUAAUAAUAUGACUCGGCCUUAUUGAGGAGGACUGAGGAGGCGGCGAAAAGUAAGCGGUCGGCGAAUCCGAAGAGAGAUUUUGGUGGUCUCUCUCUGUGGUCAGAUUCUGACUGACGAAAGACUGCCCCACUGGCUCACACUGCCCUCUUUCUUUUCCCUGCGGCAAUUCUUUUCUCUACGCCGGAGCGCGGAUCAUCUCCGCCGCACCCUGCUCCUCGUUUGCUAGCCGUUGAGUUUUUUGUUUUUUUGCAAUUGGCAGACUUAUCAUUUGCGCGCAAUUUUCCUUCCAUCUUCCCCCUUGAUCAGUUUCCUUGUGCACUCCCCACAGGAAUGGAAUGGAAACAAUGAACCCUAAGCAGUAAUCAACUCCACACUUUGUCCUCGUCUUCUUGUUCUAUGCCUCAACUUCCAAUCCUUGUUUCCUCAGAUGAUUGAUUGACUUGGACUUUCGAUCCUGUUCUUCUUCUUAUUAAUUAACUCACUACCCACUCCAGUUUUCUCCGUUUCUUCCCCAUUCCGUUCACUAUGAUAAAGAAGGAGACUCACUGCUGGCAGAAGAAGAGAUAAUCUAUUUCAUCGUCGCCUCCGCCCGCCAUGAGGGACUCUCCCAGUUCAAGAACCUCCUCUUUCAUCCGCCGUUUCGCCUUCCACCGGCGAUCAGGUCAGCUUUUUUCUUGCUUCCUUUUGUAUUUGGUCAUUUCUCAUGGCCCUGUUGAAUUCCCAUCACUCGUCUGUUUCUGAGUGGUUGUUUGAUCUUUCCGAUUCAGUAGUGCUCGCUUCUUGAUUAGGACUUUACCAUUUUUGGGUACAGACCGUAUCUGAAUUGGGUUUGUGUGAUCUGUCGAAUUGCUAAGUUUAUAAGGAAUCCUCGGAGGAUUUUCAGUUAAGGGUGUUCACUUCCAUAUCAUUUUGGGGGCAAAGCGGUUUUCUUCUCGAGGAUUGGGUUCCCAGGUUCUGUUAGUUUGGAAAAGAUUCUAACUUUUUUCCCCUUCCCAUUUUCCUCCGCGUCCUGAAAUUCAUUGAUGAUUGCUUUGAUGCUUAAUGAGAGGACCUGAUUCUUACUGUUUCUCUGUUUUUUGGGUCAAUUAUGUAGAUUGUGGGGAGGAGUCUCGACGGGGGUGGAGCUCAAGCACUGGCUACCGACGUACCACGGAAAUGGCACGAUGUUUUCUGGUCAGGGAUCUUUACAGUUCAUCUCAUAGGAAUAGGGUAUGCUCUUGCGAUGUUGGGCUUUAAUAGGUUCAGGGGAACGAAUAGGUUUCAUCUCGAUAUGUAUCGUGGCGAUGGCCGCCAUGGAUGGGGUUACACUGAGGAUUACUGGCCCAUUUAUGCUCUGCCUGUCGGAAUUGGGACUCUACUUGGUUGGGCUUGGUUGUUGAUGCUUGGUUCUUUUGCCAAUCAGAUGACGAACAUUGCUGUUCAUAUCUUGACCACUUAUCUUGCCGUGAUUAGUGUCCUGUGUUUCUGGUCUGAGCAGUUUUUCUGGGGUGUUACCUUCGCCAUUGGAGCUGGAUUGCAGUUUUUGUAUGUUAUAUCUGUUAUAGACAGAAAAGGUGUAAAUCAUGGUACACGAGUAUGUCUAAUAACUUGCUGCAAUGUUGAUGGGGAUGGUCUUGGUUGGAGUUGCAAUGGUGGUGGUUGAGAGCGCCGUUACGUCGAUGUACAUAUGUUACGCAGAAGACGCAUUGUUAAUCUACAGAUGGGAUGCAGAAUUCUUCAGCCAGUUGUCCGAAGCAUUGCACCAGCGCCUUCGACACAGAAGUGCUGGAGGGCGGGAAGCAUUGACCCAGAAUAGGUUUGAUGUUAACAUACAGGAAUCUGUAUCUCUUUGAUAACAACACCUGAUCAUCCCUCUCUUUGUGGAAGUGGGUUGGGGUGAUCAGGUUUCAAUCAAACACAAAGUGGAAACUUCCACUUCCAGGCUUUCUUCGUGUGAAAAUCAAUGUAACCUGUAUGA